AUUUGCGUCCAGUCAAGAAUCAAGCGACAGUAUUAAAGGACAGUGCUGCUACUUCUAGGCCACCUAACAGUAUUUUUGUGUUCCAGCGGAAUAACAAAAUUAACGACAUGUUCCACAGCUAUAUAGCGAUAUUUUGGUAAUUGUGGGGAUGGAAACAGCGCCCCCUGCAGGCCGGCGGUGAAUCAGCAGCUCGUUAACCCGGACGCUGUAGCUGGAGGUCAGUAUGGGAGGCAGAGUCAGCAGGGGGAACAUGGCCGCUGCCAGUCGGGUCGUGCAGGCGGUGCGACCGCAUCUACCAUCAAUCAAGUUUCCAAAUCGUCAGGGAUUACCCAGGCCCAACGUCCAAGAAGCACUAAAAUUGCUUGCAGUGAACCUCCCUCAGUCCUCUCCACCUGCAUCCGCAGCAGCAGCACAGACAGCUACUCCUGCCCCUAGACCUGCAGCAGCGCUCAGCCGCCUGCCGGGAACACCAGACAGCAUCGCUGCUGUUAAAGAGCUUCCACAGAGAUACCGCCGACGACCACUCGCACUAGAGGAAAUGGACUAUAUUCAGCGUGGCGGCCCGGAGUGACGGUGUUUCAGCACAUCUUCUUAAAGCCAUUAUCUGUGGAAAUGGUUUAUGUUGCCUAAUACUUUUCCUCAGCAAGAGGACUCGCCAGAUUUCACCUUACAGGAAUUAAAUACAUUAUUGUUAAAAUGUACAUAGAGAUUAUUUUGGAGCAUCACUGUAACGCCGUGUGCUGGGUCUGUCUGCUCGUUAGUUCAGCUGCUCUCCGGUUUGAGUUCGGUGUGUUGUUCUUCAGUGAGCGUCUGCAGAAAUUAACUUCUGGAUUAAAUCAGUAUUUAAGCUUAUUUAUUCCAUCACGAGCUGAGCUGCUGAGUCUAAACUGCACUACACUGAUGGAACGGGACCCUUCUUUUUCUUUGCUUGUGACCCAAAAAAGAGAAUUAUUCAGUUUUCUGUCACUACAUUCAUCCUGUGCUGUUCAGAGGUGGAUUCUGCAGGAUGCUGUUCAUCUGAAUUAAACAGUAGUAAUUUUGA